GGAAAUCAUCAAUGGGAGCAUAUGAACUAUGAUUAUGGAAAAACAGAAGCAUAUCCUGACGCAGCAUGCUGAAAAACCACAAAUUCAUCACAAUCCCAAGUAUCUCAAUCAUUGGCUUUGAGGUAUAAUAAUAUGAUAGACCUGAAAAUACAGAAAGGAAGUAGCAGAGUUAAUUUAUCUACUCAUAAUUCACAAGCCAUAGAGAAAGAAAAACCCCUUUUACCCCCAGAAAGUCUAAAUUUGGUUCUUUAAGAUGGUUAUUUAGUGUCACAGUUGAUCUUCAGGCCAAAAGCCAAACCAUUUUGUUUUAAAACAGAGCCCAAAAUAGCAGAUUGGCACACAGAUCACUGAAAGCUAAGGUAACAUUACGCAACAUUCAGUAUCCCAUCAUUAUACAUAUUUCUGCGAUUGUCUCAGCAGUUGUUUGGAAGGAUUAAUUAAGAGCAAAGCCAGUUUGUUUGACAGAUGGAGCGGAAGAGGCAUCGAAGCAACUCCUCUAGGCACUUUGCGUCUGCACAACAAGAGCAGAAAUUAUAUCACAGUCAAAAAAACAACCAGGUGUGUAAACUGCAGACCCAAAACUGAAUUUGGGAUCCAUUUAAAAGGCCUGAUAGAAUUGAAUAUGUGGGAGAUCUUGGCUCCUAGGCCAGUCCCAUUUCCCAGCAUCGCCACAAAACCACCCCAGAACUGUAUUUGGGCACCUGAGAGGGAUUUGGAUUAGAGUUAUUAUAAGUUAAAUAGUCAAGACCAAUCUUUAUACUCCAUUUUUCCAGCUCACCCAACAAGGGAGUUGAGUGGUAAAUGGCUAGAACAUCGUCCAAGGUAUCGGCUUUAAUCUCAUCUCCAUUCAAGUGAUAAAUGUGCCAUCUGUGACUCUUGCACUGGUGAUGCAAUUAGUCCCAGAACCGACCCGAGCAUGCAGAAGAGCCAAUAACUCAGGACUGUUGUAAGACAAGUUCAAUCAUCUCUCCUGGGGCCUGGGAGUUUCUGCUCAGCUUUCUUCUUGUCUCAUUUAAUCAUUUUUCAGUUGUCUAACCUUUAACAGUCAUAUCAGCGCUCCAGACUGUGACUGAAAUGGCCCCAAAUGCAACAACGAUUAAAUGAAAUUGAUUUUGUGAAUAUAAAAGUCUGAUCUAGAGUACCUGCAUACAUCCACUAUACUCAAAUAAAGCAAUAUAUACUAUUAAACAAAUCUCAACUGCCUGAUUUUUAGGGAUGCACCGAAUGUUCGGCAACCGAAAUUAUUCGGCCGAAAAUAGCCAAAAAAAGCACUUUCGGUGUUCGGCCGAAUAAGUAAAAAGGCCGAAUAAAUUUUGCCGAACAAUGACGUUUUUAAUGACGCAAUCAAAUAACCCGCGUAGAGUGAGAGGCGCGCGCUUUAUGGAGCAAACAUGUCAGCAGUGUGGAAGCACUUUAAAGUGUCAGAGAAAGAGGCAAAAACGGCCGUUUGCAGACAUUGUUCUGCAGAAUUGUCCAGAGGGGGUGCAUCUGCAAAAACGUACAGCACUUCAAGUUUAAUUUAUCACUUAAAAUCAAGACACCCCGAACGUCAUGCAGAGUACGAGAAAGACACGGCGGCGGCUAAGGCAACAGCAGCAGCGAAAAGAAAAGCAGCUCCCAGUCCUACGACACCCACUCCAUCUGUGGCUGACUUCUUAGAAAAGGCAAAAAAGUUUGCCAAUGACAGUGCCAAAGCUAAAGGUAUUACUAAAAGGAUAAUGGAAUUCAUCGCAUUGGAUGAUCAACCAUUCUCUGUUGUAGAGGAUGUUGGAUUUCGCAGGCUUAUAGACCAUAUUGAGCCCCGUUACACCAUCCCUAGUAGACGGCAUUUCUCAGACGUGUGCUUACCUGAGAUGUAUAACGUCGUUUCAACUAACGUCCAUGAGCUUUUGGCUACAGAUAUUGCAGCCCUCAGCUUCACGACUGAUAUUUGGAGCUCGGAUGUGAGCCCCACUAGUAUGCUGAGUUUAACUGCGCAGUGGAUCGACACAGAUUUCAAGCUACAAAAGAUUGUGCUUCACUCACAAGAAUUUAGAGGGUCCCAUACAGCUGUAGCCAUAUCCGAGGCGUUCGCCAACAUGUUUGACACUUGGCGUAUUGACCGAUCUAAAGUGCACGCGGUAGUCAGUGACAACGCAAGAAAUAUGGCUAAAGCCAUGGAAGAUAGCAAUCUGAAAGGCAUACGGUGUAUGGCACACACAAUUCAACUGGCGGUCAACGAGGGAUUGUUGAGUCAGCGCAGUAUAGCAGAUGUGAUAGCGAUAGGCAGGAAAAUUGUUGGCCAUUUCAAACAUUCACCGCUUGCCUAUGCACGCCUACAAUCUAUCCAAGAACAGUUCGGAAUGCCACAAAAACGUUUCCAACAAGAUGUGAGCACAAGGUGGAACAGUACAUAUUAUAUGCUGGAAAGCCUUUUUGCGCAAAAGCGAGUCUUGGCUACAUACAUAGCAGAUCAUGACCUGCCAGCGACAUUCACCGCAUACCAGUGGGUGUUAAUCGAGAACAUUCUCUCUCUUCUCGCACCCUUUGAGCAGAUAACAAAAGAGAUAAGCUCAUCUGAUGCAUCUGUGGCAGACGUCAUACCCUUACUUGCAGCACUAAAGCGUCUUUUAAACAAAGAGGCUGAAACAGACCACGGAGUGAAAACAACUAAAAGUGCGCUCUUAGAAGCUGUCAGCACACGAUUUAGUCAGGCGGACUCAGAACCCCUAUACUGCAUCGCGACUGUGCUUGAUCCACGAUACAAAGAUCAUUACUUGGAUGUGGGGAAAAAGAUGCGCACACGAGAAAUGAUCCAGGCCGAGUUGGAUUCGGGAAAGCCGCUAGGUGAUGGAGACGGUCAGGUGAUGCACAGCGCAGGAGAUGAAAACAGCGCAGAGAGUAAACGGGCUCGUACUGCAGAUGAGCCGCGCACAGUCUCGCUGUCUGACAUGUUCGAUGAGAUCCUCCAAGAGAAUAACCCAUUUGCAAGACAGAUGACAAGCUCGACCGCUCAACAAUUAGAUGGGUAUCUCUCAGAAGUCCCCAUCCCCAGGAGCAAUAACCCUCUCGAGUUUUGGAGGACCAAUCAAGGCCGCUUUCCCGACCUGGCGCAGAUGGCACGCAGGUACUUGUCUGCCCCAUGCACAAGCACCGACAGUGAGAGACUGUUUAGUGCUGCAUGUCAUGUCAUCGAUGAGAAGAGGAACCGACUUUCAUGUGAGAAAGCAGAGAAGCUACUUUUCAUAAAGAAGAACCUGCCACUUUUCCUGAAGAAGUAGGCUAAGUAGGCUUAUGUCUAGGACAGUUAUUCAUUUGUUGUGGGUUCAUCAACAUAUUUUGCACUAUUCAAUGCACAUGUGUUGUUGUAGACAUACAGAGUUACAUUCAGCAGUCAGUUAUAGGCCUAACAUAGGCUAUUAAAGAAGGGGGGCUUCAAAGAUGGCUUUUUUUUUUUUUUUUUUUUGCCAAUUUAUUUAUUUUAAGUUAUAUUGUGCUUUUUUUGUAUAAUAUUUGCUGGAAUGUUCAAAAUUUUCAGAGUUAAAUAAAUAUUUUGAAAUUGUAUUUGUUAUUUGAUUUAUUUAUCUGAAAAGCAACACAAAAUAGUAAAAAGCAAAUUUUUACUAUUUAAUUAUUGUAAUGGUGAAAAAAUUGGCAAAAUAAAUGGAAAAAAUGUGAAACACCGCGUUCGGUAUUCGGCCUUCGGCCUUCGGCCAAGCAUUUCAUUAUUAUUCGUCUUCGGCUUCGGCCAAGAAUUUCAUUUCGGUGCAUCCCUACUGAUUUUUUUAUUAGAUUUUUUUUUUUUUUUUUGGUAGUGAAAUGUAACUAUUUAAAGCGCGGAACUCUUUAAAGAAAGUUUAAAUACAAGUAUGUCCAACUUUUAUAUGGUAUGUCUGAUUUGUGCACAAAUUACAUAAAAUGUAACUGCAUUUAUAAAAGUUAAUGUUCAUUUUUUAAAAUUUUAAGUUGGAUAAAUUAACAUUACAAUGAUUAUUAUGUAUUAACAAAAAUGAAUUACAUAAAAAAAAAAUUGCUAACACUUUACAAAAGGAUACCUUUGGUUAACAAUAAUGAACCACAUUAGUUAACGUAAACAAAGAAAAAGUAUUCUAAAGCAUUCACUAAUCUUAGUUAAUUUUGGUUACAAAAUCUAUUAAUAGGUCUGUCGCAAUAGUCAAUAAAUCAAUUAAUCGUACGAAAAAAAAAAAAAAAAAUGACCUUAAUUUUUCCGGCCGCGAUAAUUUUUUUUGUAAUGUCAUGAUGUGGGGUUAGUCUGGAGCGCAGCCUGUGGACAGCUCGCGGCAGAAAACACCCUCUCCUAUGGCACAGAUGUCCCGGGAAUAAAGAGAUAACGUCUCGCUAGAGUAACCAGCUUUGGGAAGCGCCUUUCAUUUGCUUGUGGAUGUUUGCGUCGCAAGUGAUAUUGCAUUGCACUUGCACUACUGCUGUAUUUUAAUACCACAUAACAUAUUUUGCAAGUAACUUUGUUGCCCUUUCUGUCGAAAUGGUCCCACAUAGUAGCCUACUUUUCACUUGCUUCAAAAAAUAACUGAUAAUACUGCCAUAAAAUCGCUAUCUUUAUCUCGUCCUUGGUGGACAUAGACGGCAAUUCACUUUUGCUUUAUUUAUUUAUUUUUUUACUUUUUUAUUGUAUAUGGCCUGUAUAAAGCUUAUAAGGAUUUGUUUGUUUGUUUACAAAGGUCCUAAGUGGCAUUAUUUAUGUCUGAGACUAAUGUUUAAUAUUUUUUUUGAAGUGCAAUUUUAUUUACAUACAUUUUAUUUAUUGUUUUUUGGUAUUUAUUCAAGUGCAUUUUUUUUUUACAGAGACUGAGAGUCCAUUGCUUUUAUCGUUUUUGGUUGUUUUGUUCAUUUAUUUUUGAUAUUUAAAAUGUUUUCCGUUUUCAGUGUUAAAUAUUCUUUAGAAAUAAAAUAAAUUUAUUGAUCUUUGAAAAGGUGUACCUGCAUUAUUAUCUCAUUAUCAUUAUAUUAGUUGAAACUGGUCUUAGAACGACAAUAUUAUCGUCCAGCAAAAUUUUUAUUGUGACAGGCCUAGUAAUGUUAAUGGUCCUGAGCUAAUAUGGACUAAAAAUGAACAGCUGUAUUUUUUUAUAUUAAUAAAUACUGUAACAAAUGCAUGGUUAAUAGUUAAUUCAUUAAACAAAUGGAACCUUACUUUAAAUUGUUACUGAAAUAUCUAUACACGAAGUAUAUAUUUUAAAUGAACAUUUAAUACUAUAAAAAAUAAAAUUCUAAAGGACAGUGGCGGGCGGUGCCGCAGUGGGCAAGUGACGUAUGAAACGGUCUAAGAGUGCGAGUCCAGAUAAAGUGUUGA